GGCGUACCGUCGCCUCGCUUCCCAGCCCCUUCGCCUCCAACGCGCGUCGCCGCCGCCGCCGUUUCCAGCCCUGCUAUCUCGGCGAUUGGUUUUUGGGGGUACGAGUUUUCGUCACCGGUUAAACACCACUGGCCUCCACAAAAUUUUGGUCGGCGCACCAUCUAGAUCCGCCCCUCAGGGAGCAAGGGUUCCGGAGAAUCGAAUUGUGGAGUCCAGCAGCCAGGCGCCGGUGAAGACAAGGACUCGGUCUGCUUCUCUUGUCUUGGGGCAGCGUCGAUGUGUUAGUGUGUAGGCUCAGAUUGAUUCUCUUUUCAUCCUGUAUUUUUUUUUUUUUGGUUUUGUUCUGAACUCCACCCUGUAAGCUGGUCUCCCCAGCACCCCACUUUGCUUUAUAUAAAGGCUUGUUCAAUCGACCUUUCGUCGAAAAUAAUAUUAAAAAAUAUAAAAAAUAAUUGAGGAGCCAUGAUUGCGAAGAGCAAUGCUGGUUAUCUUGGCGUCUCCGAGCCUAUCUCGCUAAGCGGGCCGGCCGAGAAGGAUCUCAUUCAGACGGCUGAGGUCGAAAAGUUCCUUGCUGACGCGAGCCUGUAUGAGAGUCAAGACCAGGCCGUCUCGCGAGAAGAGGUCUUAGGCAAACUAGACCAGACUGUGAAAGCUUGGAUUAAGAAGGCUACUAGGGUGAGCGGUUACGGCGAGCAGUUUGUGCAAGAAGCAAAUGCCAAGAUCUUCACAUUCGGUUCAUACCGCCUUGGGGUGCACGGCCCUGGCGCUGAUAUUGAUACACUAUGCGUUGGUCCAAGACAUGCAACUCGAAAUGACUACUUCUUCCGGUGUCUUCACGAUAUGCUAGCUGAGAUGCCAGAAGUUUCUGAGUUACAUCCGGUACCAGAUGCUCAUGUGCCUGUUCUGGGGUUCAAACUUUGUGGGGUGUCCAUUGAUCUUUUAUAUGCAAACCUUGCACAUGUGGUGAUUCCUGAUGAUCUUGAUCUUUCUCAGGACUCCAUACUGCACAAUGUUGACGAACAGGCUGUCCGUAGUUUAAAUGGGUGUCGAGUUACUGAUCAGAUCCUACGAUUGGUCCCGAACAUUCCGAGUUUCCGCACAACCUUAAGGUUCAUGAGGUACUGGGGAAAGCGUCGUGGGGUGUACUCAAAUGUUAUAGGAUUUUUGGGUGGCAUAAAUUGGGCAAUUCUUGUUGCUCGAAUAUGUCAAUUGUACCCAAAUGCAUCGCCCAGCAUGUUGAUAUCUCGGUUUUUCAGAGUCUUCAGCCAGUGGAAGUGGCCCAACCCUGUUAUACUUUGCCAUAUUGAGGAGGGUCCUCUUGGCCUCCCUGUUUGGGAUCCAAGAAGAAACUUUAGAGAUAGGGGCCAUCAGAUGCCUAUAAUUACACCCGCAUAUCCUUGUAUGAAUUCUAGCUAUAACGUAUCUAGUAGUACUAAGUAUGUGAUGAUCCAAGAAUUCACGCGAGGAUUUGAGAUCUGCCAGGCAAUAGAUGAAAAUAGAGCAACCUGGGAUGAUCUAUUCGAGCCAUAUCCUUUUUUCGAAUUAUAUAGAAAUUAUUUAGAGAUUGGUAUCACAGCGAGAAAUGAAGAUGACCUCAGGAAUUGGAAAGGCUGGGUAGAGUCUCGUCUUCGCCAACUUGUACUGAAGUUUGAGCGAUAUACACAUGAGAUGCUCCUUGCGCAUCCUCAUCCCAGAGAUUUCUCAGAUGGAUCCAGGCCGUUGCAUAGCUUUUAUUUUAUGGGUCUUUGGAGAAAACAAACUGCCCAACCUCAAGAAGCUGAGCAAUUUGACAUCAGAGGAAUCGUAAAUGAGUUUAAGAUUUCAGUUCUUGCUUAUGUACAUCGGAGAGAAGGAAUGGAUAUUGAAGUCUCCCAUGUAAAAAGAAAAGAUAUCCCCUUGUUUGUUUUUCCUGGUGGGAUACGUCCUCCACGGUCUUCCAGAACAGCAGGCAGGAACAGCGGUGCUGUUUCUAGGAAUGAUGUUACACCUGAUCGUCAUGUUGGAAAUCCAUUGGAGACUGAGAGUUGGAGUGAUCCUCAGUCUGCUCAAGAUGGUUCUGGUGGCUAUCAAAGUACUUCGUUGUUGCCCUCUAAUUUAUCAAGUAGAGAAACCCAAAAUAUUUUGAACGGGCAUUUGAAUCUCCACACAGAAACUGUUGAGCAUGAACAUCCAGGGCGUUUUCUUGGAAGUCCACCUGCUCCUGGGGAUAAUGCUGUGGUGGAUGUGGUUACACAACCUAACAACAUGCCAUCUACUUCAAGCAAUGGUGGUCCAACAAAUGGGUUGGGCAUUUGUUUCAACAGUACACAAAAGGAAUCUGAGGGGAUUCGUGUAAAUAAUCUUGUGAGUUCCCCUCCUGCUCCAGUUGAUGAGCUGGUAUCGUAUCAAGCUAAGCCUGACAAUAAACAUGGACCUCCUCAUGGAUCAUCUUUGGAAGGAUGCUCUGAAAGGAUCCUGGGGCAAGCAUGCAACCUGAGCUCCAAUGGUAAUAAUCAUUUGAAGCGCAAGGCUGAGGACGAGCUGGAGCCACUUGAGCUUGCUUGCCCGUCAGUUCGCGCUACUCCUGCAUCGACUGUCCAAAGAAAGCCCCUCAGGCUUCGAUUGUCAACUUUGCCACAACCAAAACAAGCUGAAUGAAGCCCCCGAAUCCAAUACCAGGCCAAGAAGUGAAGAUACAGAGGAGGAUCGAACAACAAGAUCUUUCGUUUUCUCAUUUUAUCAUGUUCAAAAUGUAAACAUGCCGAAUUGUGUACUGCAGAGAAAGUUAAAAGGAAAAUGAUGUAAUGUUGAGACAUUUUUACCCGUGGCACUUGCAUCUGCUAGCUCGAAAUCUUCUCUUGUUUGACUGUUACUCUCUGUAAUAACAUAUGUUUGGCAAAUAUUAUAUUGUUUGGCAAUAAAUGCCAGCCUUGUGUAUAAA